AUGGGUGACUGGAGUUUCCUUGGCAACAUCCUCGAGGAAGUCAACGAGCAUUCUACUGUAAUUGGUAGGGUGUGGCUUACCGUACUCUUCAUCUUCCGAAUCCUCAUUCUGGGGACGGCCGCGGAGUUUGUGUGGGGCGACGAGCAGUCGGAUUACGUGUGCAACACGCAGCAGCCCGGUUGCGAGAACGUCUGCUACGACGAGGCCUUCCCUAUUUCGCACAUUCGCCUUUGGGUUCUCCAGAUCAUCUUCGUUUCCACCCCAUCUCUGGUGUACGUGGGCCAUGCCGUCCACCACGUACACAUGGAAGAGAAACGCAAGGAAAGAGAAGAGGCAGAACUCAACAGGCAGCAAGAGAUGAACGAGGAGAGGCUUCCGCUCGCACCUGAUCAGGGAAGCGUCCGCACGGCCAAGGAAACCAGCACGAAGGGCAGCAAGAAGUUCCGUCUGGAGGGCACGUUGUUGAGGACCUAUAUCUGUCACAUUAUCUUCAAGACUCUCUUUGAGGUAGGCUUUGUGGUCGGUCAAUACUACUUGUACGGCUUCCGAAUCUUACCGCUGUACAAGUGCAGCCGUUGGCCGUGCCCGAACACGGUCGACUGCUUCGUCUCGAGACCUACUGAAAAGACCGUCUUCAUCAUCUUCAUGCUGGCCGUGGCUUGCGUCUCCCUCUUCCUCAACUUUGUAGAAAUCAGCCAUUUGGGGUUGAAAAAGAUCCACUUCGCAUUUCGUAAGUCAGGCAAGUCCCAAGUCGAGGGACCCGGGGUUGCCGAGAAGGCGGUGUCCGCCAUCCAGAAGGUCAAAGGCUACAAGCUGUUGGAAGAGGACAAGACCACGUCGCAUUACUUCCCUUUGACAGAGGUAGCGGAGCAGUUGCCGGCACCCUACGAGCCAUUUGAGGAAAAAUCUGAUGGAGCAAGUGCAUCUAAGAAAGACGUGUCCAAGGUGUACGAUGAGAUGCUGCCAUCCUAUGCCCAGACUACCGUGAUAGGGCCGAGUGCGGCAGGCAUCCUACGCCGAGAUGAAGACAAGGACGAGCUGGCCAUGGAAGCCAGUGAGACGAUAGAAGAUACGAGACCCCUCAGCAGUCUAAGCAAGGCCAGCAGCCGUGCACGGUCGGAUGACUUGACAGUAUAA